CGUGUAUCAAAAAUCCAAUGGAGAAAGACUGGAUUCGCCUUGGUUUUGUAGUUCCUAAUGUUUGGAUAUGUCCCACCCAGCAUCUGCAACUGUGAACUCCCUGCUGAGGGGCUGGCAGAAGACAAAGAAAUGGAAAACAGCGAAGAAGUAACCAUGUGAGCAUAAAGUUUUUGGCAGCCUUGCUGAAUUGAGACCAUAAUCCUCUUCCGAAAUCAGUCUGAAAAAGGAACUAUUCACAAUAAACAUGAAAUUAAAGGCAUGAUGUAGUAGUGACCCAAAAGAAAUGGGAAUUCUUCUCCAGGACAUGCAACAACUCAUGGAUGAACUGUGUUUUUAGAUUUUUUCUUCAGCUUUCCUGAGAGUCAAAAUGAGCAAGAGGCACAUAAGCUUGCGUCAUCAAACGUGGGCUCUUCUUUGCAAGAACUGUCUUAAAAAGUGGAGAAUAAAAAGAGACACCUUGUUGGAAUGGUUUUUCUCAUUUCUUCUAGUAGUGUUUGCAUAUCUAUUUUCUUCCAAUUUACAUCAAGUUAUUGACUCUCAAAUGCCUGCAAUGGAUCUGGGAUGUGUAGAUAAUUUUAAUGAUUCUAAUUAUAUUAUUGUAUUUACACCUGAAACCAAAACUACUCAAGAGAUAAUGAGCAAAGUGGCUUCAGUCCCAUUCAUGAAGGGAAGAACAGUCAUGGGGUGGCGUGCUGAAAAAAGCACGGACGAAUUGGGCUUAAAUGAAUCAACGGAUGCAGUGAGAGUCAUCUUUAAGGAUACCUUCUCAUAUCACUUAAAGUUUUCUUGGGGGCAUAGAAUCCCCAAGAUGAAAGAACACAGAGAUCAUUCAGCUCAUUGUCAAGUACUGGAUGAAAAAAUAACGUGUGCGAGUUCAGUUUUCUGGGAGAAAGGCUUUGUAGCUUUUCAAGCUGCCAUUAAUGCUGCUAUCAUAGAAAUCACAACAAAUCAUUCAGUGAUGGAGGAGUUAAUGUUGGUUACUGGUAUAACUAUGAAGAUAGUACCAUUUGUUGCCCAAGGAGGAGUUGCAACUAAUUUUUUCAUUUUUGUCUGCAUUAUUUCUUUUUCUGCAUUCAUAUAUUAUUUAUCAGUCAAUGUUACACAAGAAAGACAAAAUAUUAAGGCAUUGAUGAAAAUGAUGGGACUUCGAGAGUCAGCAUUCUGGCUUUCCUGGGGUUUGGUGUAUGCUGGUUUCAUCAGUAUUAUGGCCGUUUUGAUGACUCUUAUUAUAAAAUCUGCAGAAGUUGUCAUCCUAACUGAUUUCAUGCUGAUCUUCACACUUUUUCUACUCUAUGGCCUGUCUUUGAUAACUUUAGCUUUCCUGAUGAGUGUGCUGAUAAAGAAACCUCUCCUUACUGGGCUGGUCAUCUUUCUCCUUAUUGUCUUCUGGGGAAGCUUGGGAUUCACAGCAUUGUACAGACAUCUUCCUGCAUUUUUGGAAUGGUCCCUAUGUCUUCUUAGCCCUUUUGCCUUCACUGCUGGAAUGGCCCAGCUUAUACAUUUGGACUAUGAUGUAUGUUCUAAUGCGCAUUUGGAUUCUCCAAACAACCCAUACCUAGUAGCAGCCACUCUUUUCAUGCUGGUUUUUGAUGCUUUUCUGUAUUUGAUGUUGACAUUAUAUUUUGACAAAAUUUUGCCCACUGAAUAUGGACAUCAAAACUCUCCUUUGUUUUUCCUGAAAUCCUCUUUUUGGUUUCAACACCAAAGAGCUAAUCACGUGGUCCUUGAGAAUGAAAUAGAUUUUGACCAUUUUUCUGAUGACUCUUUUGAAGCAGUGUCUCCAGAAUUCCAUGGGAAAGAAGCCAUCAGAAUCAAAAAUCUUACAAAAGAAUAUGCAGGAAAGCAUGAAAAAGUAGAAGCUUUGAAAGGUCUGGUGAUUGACAUAUAUGAAGGCCAGAUCACUGCCCUGCUUGGUCAUAGUGGAGCUGGGAAAACCACCCUGUUAAACAUACUCAGUGGGCUAUCAGUCCCAACAUAAGGUUCGAUCACCAUUUAUAAUCACACACUAUCAGAAAUGGCUCACAUGGAAACUGCCAGCAAGUUCACUGGAGUGUGUCCACAAUCCAAUGUGCAGUUUGGCUUUCUCACUUUGAAAGAAAACCUCAGGCUGUUUGUUAAAAUCAAAGGGAUUCUACCACAUGAAGUGGAGCAAGAGGUACAAUGAGUUUUGAGGGGCUUAGAUAUGGAAAAUAUACAAGACAUACUUGCUCUAACUUUAAGCGGUGGACAAAAAAGGAAGCUAACCUUUGGGAUUGCCAUUUUAGGAGAUCCUGAGGUUUUGCUCUUGGAUGAACCAACUGCUGGAUUGGAUCCUCUUUCAAGGCACUGAGUAUGGAAUCUCCUAAAAGAGAGAAAAUCAGACAAAGUAAUUCUCUUCAGUACCCAGUUCAUGGAUGAGGCUGACAUUCUGGCUGAUAGGAAGGUGUUUAUAUCCAAUGGGAGGCUGAAGUGUGCAGGUUUUUCCCUAUUCCUGAAGAAGAAAUGGGGUAUUGGCUACCAUUUAAGUUUGCAUCUGAAUGAAAUGUGUGAUCCAGAAAAUAUAGCAACACUAAUUAAACAGCGCAUCCCUGAUGCCAAAUUAACAGCACAAAGUGAAGAAAAACUUGUGUAUAUUUUGCCUUUGGAAAGAACAUGCAAAUUUCCAGAACUUUGCAGAGAUCUUGAUCGAUGUUGUGACCAAGGCAUUGAGAAUUAUGGUGUUUCCAUGACAACUCUGAAUGAGGUGUUCCUCAAAUUAGAAGGAAAAUCAACUAUUGAUGAAAAAGAUGGUGGGAUUCAGGAACAAGUACAAAGUGAUCACUUGAAAGAUAAGAGAAGCCAUGUUGAGCUGGGGCAAGUUUUGUCUUCCUUAAAUGAAACAAGAACAACAAUCAAUGGCAUGGCUCUCUGGAGGCAGCAGCUCUGUGCUAUAGCAAAAGUUCGCUUCCUAAAGUUAAAGAAUGAAAGAAAAAGCCUGCUGGCAAUGUUAAUGCUCUUUGGAAUUAGUUUUUUUCCUCAACUUUUGGGAUAUCUCCUCUAUGAAUUAUAUCAAAAAAGUUACUCCUGGAGCCUGUCCCCACAUUUGUACUUCCUCUCACCAGGACAACCACCACAAGAUCCUCUGAUUUAUUUACUGAUCAUCAAUAAAACAGGAUCAAGCAUUGAUAACUUUAUAUAAUCCCUAAGAUGACAGAAUAUAGCUUUAGACGUGGAUGCCUUUGGAAUUAGAAAUGGUGCAGGUGAAUCAUCGUACAAUGGUGCUAUCAUGGUCUCUGGUGAUGCAAAGGAUCACAGAUUUUCAAUAGCAUGUAAUACCAAAAGGCUGAAUUGUUUUCCUGUCCUGAUGGAUAUCAUUAGCAAUGGGCUACUUGGAAUGUUUAAUUCUUUGGAACAGAUUCAAACUGACAGAGCACAUUUUUUGAAGUAACACAGGUCUCAUGAAUACGAGUACCUGAGUAAUGCCUUCUUCUGGAUACUAGCGGCAGCCUGCUUCACUCCUUAUAUUGCGAUGAGCAGCAUCAGUGACUACAAACAAAAAAUACAUUCCCAGCUUUGGAUCUCAGGCCUCUACCCUUCUGCUUACUGGUUCGGACAGGCCCUGGUGGAUGUUCCCUUGUACUUCUUGAUACUUCUCCUAAUGCAAAUAAUAGAUUAUGUUUUUAGCCCAGAUGAGAUUAUAUUUAUAAUUCAAAACCUGCUAAUUCAGAUCCUGUGCAGUAUUGGAUAUGUCUCAUCUCUUGUUUUCUUGACAUACGUGAUUUCAUUCAUUUGUUGCAAUGGUAGGAAAAAUAGUGGCAUUUGGUCAUUUUUCUUCUUAAUUUUAAGUAUACAUAUGAUUACCAUCUUUUCGUUAGUUGCCACAGAUCUCAAUGAAUAUGGAUUUUUAGGACUACUUUUCACCACCAUAUUAAUACCACCCUUCACACUGACUGGCUCUCUAUUAAUUUUCUCAGAGAUUUCUCAUGACUCUAUGGAUUACCUCGGAACUUCAGCAUCGCAAUUUGUGUUUCUGGCAUUGCUAAUUCCUUACUUUCAUUUUUUCAUCUUCCUUUUUGCUCUGCGAUGUCUGGAAAGGAACUUUAGGAAGAAAUCAAUGAGAAGGGAUCCUGUGUUCAGAAUUUCUCCAAGAAGCAAAUGUUUUCCAAACCCAGAAGAGCCUGAAGGAGAGGAUGAAGCUGUUCAGAUGGAAAGAAUGAGAACAGCGAAUGUUGUGACUCUCCCAGAUGCUGAUGAGAAACCAGUCAUCAUUGCCAGCUGUCUACGGAAAGAAUAUGAAGGCAAAAGGAAAAAUUGCUUUUCCAAAAGGAAGGAAACUGCCACAAGAAAUGUCUCUUUCUGUGUUAAAAGAGGUGAAGUUAUAGGGCUGUUAGGACACAACGGCGCGGGUAGAAGCACAACUAUUAAGAUGAUAGCUGGAGACACAAAACCAACUGCAGGGCAGACUCAUCCGCCAUCAUACCAGAAACCACUGCAUAUGAUGGCAGAGCCGCGAACCUCCAUAUUUAACAGCUGCUCUCUGCUUAUGCAUGGUAAUUCCAUCCAACACCUGAAAAGCAAAUUUGGCAAAGAUUAUCUGCUAGAGAUGAAAGUGAAAACCCCCCACCAAGUGGAGCCCCUGCAUGGAGAAAUUUUGAGGAUUUUCCCCCAGGCUGCUCGGCAGGAAAGAUAAAUUCAGGAGCUGUAUUCCUCCUUGUUGGUCUACAAGUUGCCUGUUGAAGAUGUGCAACCUUUAUCUCAGGCUUUCGUCAAGUUAGAGAGAGCUAAACAGAGCUUCGACCUGGAGGAGUACAGCCUCUCCCAGUCCACCCUGGAGCAGGUUUUCCUGGAGCUCUCCAAGGAGCAGGAGCUGGAUGACUUGGAUGGGGAGCUUGAUCCCUCAGUGAAGCGGAAGCUCCUCCCACAGGAAGAGCCUUAAAGCUACAGAUACCCUGUGUUUUGUUUAAAGUUUGUGACUCUUUUAAAGCAUUAUUUUAUAGCAUUAAUAUACUUUUUCUCAGAUAUGACAAAAAUACCUUUGAAAGUCAUGUCCAUAUUUUCUUUAUUAAGAUUUCUUAAGUGGGACCAUGGAGUAAAGGCCAGAAGAGCAAUGAUAUGGGGCAUGACACUAAGUCAGACCAUGGAGCUAUGGUACUAGCAACCAAAUCUCACGUUUUAUAUAGUAUUUGCUUUAAAAAUGUUUUUAUUAUAGAAUUACUUGCAUUCCUUUGGAUGAUACCAGGAUUGCUUAAUUUUCUUUUUCUGAACUUCAAAGUAUUGAAUUUCUCAUCUUUUCAAAUAGGUAAAGUCUAAAUUAAGAUAUACUGUUGGUUUUUAGAGAAAUGGUGAUGAAUUGAAUAAACAACCAAAAAUUA